AUGAAAAUUCCAGUAACAAAACCUUUGUUAGCUGCAGAUGAUCACUAUGAAGUACCCAAACUCAGGAAUACCAAUAACUUCAUGUGUCCCAUAGGUUUAUACAAUAAAAUACUUGAAUGCUGGAAUAUUCUACCAGAAAAGAGACCUUCAUUUAAUUCAUUACACUGUUUUAUCAAUGAAAUGUUAUCGAAAGAAACUGAAGCUAAUUUUUAA